AUGAUCGGACACGAUGUGCGACUGGAGUACGUCGACGUGACACGCGUGCAGUCAAUGCGUUUGCCGGAACAACCAGUUGAGAUGCACAUUGCGACUGGUUCACGAUUUGAUGAUGCAUGUGCCAGGGAGGAGAUGAUGGUUCCUCCAGAUAACGAUUUUCGAGGUGAGAUAGUGAGCAAAGAACCGCUUGGAUUGGAUGUUUCGUCAGAUGAUGGCCAGGAUGACGAAUCCUCUGACCCUGAUUGCUCUCAGAAGCACCGCGCUCAAUAUGCUGAAACAUGCAUAUUAGAGGGAGAAAAUCGGAUUGGUAUAAUGGUAAAAGAUACGGACUUUGUCAACGAGCCGUGCGCUCCAAUGGUGUAUGUACCGGAAAAAUCUGCGAGAGUGCGUAUUGCGAACGAACCUCUGCGUGACGUAUCAAAUGCCAGGCAGGAGAUGACGAUUCCUCAAACUUCUAAACGUCAAGUUGUGAGCUCUGCGAACAAAGUACCAUGCGGUAAUAACGUUUCGUCAGAUGAUGACCAGGAAUUGACGUUACUUGAAUCGUUUGAUCCCGAACGAGCUCAUAAGGUGCAUACGCGAUCCGGAACCAAGAAGAAAAAAGCAGUUCAAAAGUAUAUGAAAGACUGGGAGCUUAAGUUGCAUUGGCUAGCACCUGGCUCUAACCAAUAUUCUAAAUGCUCGGCUGGAUUUGUUGAUUUUCAGAAGCAUGGUACUACACAAAAGCAUAAACAGAACGAGAGUCUAUUAAAGAAAGCAACGCCAAGUGUUACGACAAUGCUUAAAACGUCAUACAAGGAAAAAAUACGUAACGCCGAACUGCAGUUGUGUGCAUGGGGAGCAGCAAACGAUAAAUCAGCUUCAGACAUUGAAAGUUUUGCCGAAUGUAUUCGUCGUAUAUGCCCUGACUCAGAAAUUGCUAAAGGACUGAAAAUGGGACGAACAAAAGCAACAGCAAUAAUCACUAACGUAUUAGGGGAAGGCCAACACGACGAGCUCAGCGCACAUCUGAAGAAAACGCCAUUCAGUUUGAUCGCUGACGAAUCAACCGACCUCGCAGCCAAAAAAUCCCUUGCAUUGAUUGUCCGCACUUUCUUCUGGCGAAAGGCAAAGUUGGUUGUAGCUGACUGUUUCUAUGAUCUGAUUCAGGUUAUUGAAACUGAUUCAAGAACACUGCAUACUAUAGUAACAGACUGUUUUAAGAGAGAUCAUAUUGACUACCAAUCCAAUCUAUUGGGAUACGCUGCAGACGGUGCUAACAAUAUGACUGGUACUGAGAAGUCGUUAGCUACGUUCCUAAAAAAAGAUUGUCCGUCGUUGUUCGUGCUCAAAUGUAUUUGCCACAGUAUGGCACUGUGCUCGUCCUAUGCUUGUAAACACGUACCAGAUCGAAUUGAACAGGUAUGCCGUGAUAUUUACAACUAUUUAAGCUGCAGUCCACUACGCACUAGCAAGUUCGAUGAUAUCCAGAUACUACUCGAAUUAAAACCAAUGAAAAUGCUUCACCCCAGUGCUACACGUUGGCUUUCUUUGGAGAGCGUAGUGCAGAGGAUUCUCGAUCGUUUUGAAGCUCUAAAAAUUUAUUUCGGAUUUUUAACGAACGUCGAUCAAGUUGAAAAAAUCAAAGUAGUAUCGAUUUAUGAAACUUUGAAUGAUCCGGUUACAAAAUUGUACCUUACUUUUUUGGCCUACAUUUUAAACUUAGUUAACAAGUUGAACAAGCUCUUUCUGAGCGAAACUCCAGAGUUACUCAUACUAAAUUCUAGCGUUUCUCGACUGUUUAGGACUAUACUGGAUUGCUUUUUCAAAUCGGAUUAUAUGCAGAAGCUGAAUGACUUAACAAAGGUCUCAAAUAGAUCAAUAUCGGUUGAUCAGGUAAACCACUUCAGAACAAAUAUAAUGCGGUUCUACAUCACACUCUCCAAUCAAAUAUUGAAACGGUUUAAUUUCAACGAUGGUAUAUUAGUCAAUUUAACAAUAAUUAACCCGGACAACAUUAUAAGUAGGAAACAUACAUCCCUUCUACCGUUGCUGCAAUGUUUCCCAAAUGUUAUAAGUUGUGAUCAAAUCCAAACAAUUGAUGACGAGUAUCGCGAGGUACGAAACAUUAAUUUCUCGGAAUUUUCGAAUGAUCAACUGAAGGAUCCAACUGCGUUUUGGGAGAAAGUUCUCACAAUGGAAAGAUGUGAUGGACAGCUCGCAUUUCCAGCACUCAAAGUUUUCAUACCCUGUAUGCUAAUUUUGCCGCAUUCGUCAGCCUCAGUCGAAAGACUUUUUUCAGCAUAUAAUUUGAAUAAAACCAAACUGAGGAAUAGAUUAGAAACCGAAACAAUGCGAGGUAUUUUGGCUACAAAAUCAUAUGUCAGGCACAAUAAAGAUGCAUCGGGGGAAUAA